AUUUGCUAUGACCUUAUGUUCCACUUGGCAGGUGGACAACACAAAUCAACGGCUACUUUUGGGACAUUGAAUACAUUCUCCCGGGCACAAGACAGAAAGAGUCACCACGACUAUUGGGUUGGGGGAAAAAUACACGAAAGAGGAAUCAUGUCGGGGAUCAGAGGUUCUGUCAAUUUGCUAAGGGUCGCAGUGAGGUCGCAGAUCGUCUCCAAAGCCACACUGUCGCACAAGCCUGCGAAGCACCACUUAUCCGUGGGGGAGCAAGCCAUUGCUAUGACGGCCUUUUUCAUCACCAUCCUGGGGCCCUCUGGUUAUGUCCUGGCUCACCUGGAGGACUACAAGCACCACUCCUAAGUGGACCUGUCCUGGCUGGCCCCCAGGCAACCUCACCUGUGGAUUACUCCCGAUGACGUCUCCUGAAGUCUCCUAAAAACCCUUUUUAUGAGUGCCGAUUCUAUUAAUGAAUGUACCAAUAAAUGAAUGCCCCAGCACUA